GCGUGGUCCGGGCUGCCGACGUGGCGCGCGAGCUUCGGGCUGGGCGGAAACAAGCGGCGCGCGCUGUCAGAGCCACCGGGCACCAUGUCACAAGGAGAUGCAGCAGGCGACAUCGCUGUACCCCCUGACCCUCCUGUUUUUAAAGAACCGUCUGACGAACAUGCUCCUUUAGCUGCAGACAGAACAAAGGACACUUCAUCCAGUCCUUCACCCUCUUUGGACGCACCAGAGCAUGUGAUAACCAAUGAAGCUGCAGAAGCAUGUGCUCCUCUCAGCCAGGUCACAGAACAAACACAGGACCAAUCAGAGGAGCACGGCUGCGGUCAGGUGACCGAAUGCAAUGAAACAGUGAGCUUGGAGCCAGAGGUUGUGGAAGGGGAGGUGGAGCCCUCAGAGCAGACCACAGCUAAAGGUUGGGGUGGUUGGGGAUCCUGGGGGAAGUCUUUGUUGACGACUGCCACCUCUACAGUAGGUCAGGGGUUAAGCUCAGUUCGGGAGAAAGCGGGUGUGGCCUUGCGGAUUCGCAGCACAUCAUCGUGUGAGGAAGCCCUGGAGGUUGAAGAACAUCACGAAGAGGAGGAAGACAUAACUGCUCAGCCCGUCAGCCCAACCAACAGAGGGGUGUUUUCCUCAAUCACUAGCGCUGUGCAAAACACGGGGAAGUCUGUGCUGACCGGAGGCCUUGACGCCCUGGAGUUCAUCGGCAAGAAGACCAUGACGGUGUUGGCGGAGAGCGAUCCUGGUUUUAAAAAGACUAAAAUCCUCAUGCAGAGGACCGUCUCGCUCUCGCAGAUGCUGAAGGAAGCCAAGGAAAAGGCACGCGAGAGGCUGAGCAGCCAGAUGGUGUGUGAACCCACGGCUCAUUACGGCAUCCUGUUUGAUGAUUAUCAAGGCCUGUCUCAUCUGGAAGCUCUGGAGAUCCUGAGUAACGAGAGCGAGGGGAGGGUUCAGGAUGUUCUUUCCUCCCUCGAUGGCGAGGAGUUGGAGCUUCUGAAAAAAGAGCUGAUCAAGAUUAAAGAGAUCUUCGAGGCGAGAGAGGACGAGAAGGACGAGACGGACGAGACGGAGAACGAGACGCAGGAGGCGGGUUCAGGUCCAGGGGGAAACGGUGAACUUUAUUCCCAAAUUCGCUCUUUCAGCACGCUCUCCGCAGAUGGGGAGGAGUUUGUCAGUGUUCUCACGGAGCUGCUCUUUGAACUGCAUGUUGCUGCCACACCGGACAAACUGAACAAGGCCCGAAUGAAGGCCUAUGACUGGAUAAGAGAGAUGGAGAACCCGGUUACCGAGGGUGAAGCAGAGGACAGGGAGGCGGGGAACUCGGAGUCGCCCCCUACAGGACAGGGGGACGUAGGCGAUAAUCAAGAUGCAGGGACAAAAGAAAUGGAGAAAAACACAGAGCAGAGCAAGAUGGACAAAGUUGAGAGUGUGUAUAUGUGGUCAAUAGGCAGUCUCGCUGAGGUCACCGCUCGGAGUAUAGAGCAGCUCCAUAAAGUGGCCGAGCUCAUCCUGCACGGACAAGACGUGGAGAAAACGGCGAGCCAGCAGGCCAGAAUCCUGUCCAGGCUGACCUGUGCUAUGUGUAAGGAGGUUGGCUGUCUGGCCCGCAGAUUCACAGAUACACUGGUGGCUGUAGGGAGUCUGAGAAAAGCAGAAGAGCUGAAUCCUCUGGUGAACAGCGUGACGCUUGAGGGCUCAAACAGCACGACCUACAUCCACAACGCAUUCCAGCUGCUGCUGCCGGUCCUGCAGAUCUCCCACAUCCAGAUCAGGAGAACCCUGGCUAGAACCGAACCCGAAUCGAAACCAGAACCGGCUCCUACAGACUAACCUGCUCGUCCCCUUUGUGUGUGAUUUCUGUCGGAAUCGUCUUACAGACACUUCGAAUCAGAUGAAAGAGAAAAUGCAUUAGAUUAAUUUAUUUUUAAGACUAGUGUUAUAACGGGAUCUUGUACUGUAUAAUCAGUUACUGUACAGACAAAUCCAGGCGAAAGUAACGGCAUGAUGAACCUUCACCAGUAGGUCAGGCAUUCAUUUCGCUGCUUAUGACAGGCGUAUAUUAACACAAAUCGGUUGCUGUUGGAUUAAUCAACGGUUGCUGUUUUUUUUUUAGUAACGGCUUGUAAACAAUAUUUACUCGUUGGUGGGGUAAUGUUAGAAGGUUUAACAGCAACGGAAAGAGUCUCCAGUUUUAGCACUUUGUACCAGAGGAAAUUACGUAACGUCAGGAUUUCAAGAAAUAGUGGUUUAUAAAAAAACAUAACAAGCAGGAAUUUUUAAGGAGGUAAUCACCUUCUGUUACUAUAGUAACAAACAGUUUAAAUUUUACAUGCAUAUAAAAGACAUAUUAAUUAAAAACCGCUUAUAGGUUGGUGGAAGCUAAAGAUGAUCCAUGAUAUUUAAACAAAAAAGAAGAAGAAAUAUUCUUUCUUAAAUCUGUCCAUGACUGAAUUAACUUGAUUACCAAAGAUUUUGUAAUUAGUAACUGUAAUAGCUGUGGAUAACUUUGCUUGGUAAUCAUAAAUAAGAUAUUUGUGUUUUAAAAUGAGCCAAGCAACAAAGAACGUUGAUUUGUACCAAAUAUGUCCAUUUGUGUGGGCAUUUAAUUUUGAAUUGCGCCAUUUAUCUCUAAGUAACGUCAGACGCAGUUCGCAGACGUAGUGUACCUCGGUUAUGGAUUUAUUUCUGAGAACUAAUGAACGUGUCACAUGAUCUUAUUAGCUAAAAAUGUCUUAUUUUCAAAAAUUUACAGAACUCUGUUUGUCCAGUUCAUGUUUAUUUGUGUUUGUUAAAUGUAAAUUCUACAAAAUUUAAAUUCUAUAAAUGUUUCUGUUGCCUUACUGAACGAAUUCACAGUCAAUAUUAAUAAAACAAAAUAAAAUCACUAGACAUUAAACAUUAAUCUUUUUUUUCAUUAAAAAAAU